UAAAUACGAUAACAUUCUAUGUAGUUCCCCACAUCAUCCCAAUUCUCCUUGCAUCAAAUCACUUUAAAUCCUUCCCAUUUUCUUCUCAAAUCUCUGCUUCUUCACAAAGCAGUAAUGGCGAUUUCCUCUGGGAUUUAUCUUCUUUUUCUACUGAAUUUCUUCUCAUUUGGGGCGAUAUUUUCUUCAGCAACAAGCUUUACACUCGAAAAUCGUUGUAGUUUCACAGUAUGGCCUGGUUCCCUGACCGCAAAUGGCCCUCCCCUUGGUGAUGGUGGUUUUGUAUUGGCUCCUGGUUCAUCAUCCCGACUCCAGCCUCCACCUGGUUGGUCUGGUCGCUUUUGGGGUCGAACUGGCUGCAAUUUCGAUAACUCUGGCUCAGGCAAAUGUGUAACCGGUGACUGUGGUGGCGCGUUAAAAUGCAGCGGCGGUGGCAUCCCACCCGUUUCCCUGAUCGAGUUCACCCUUAAUGGACAUGACAAUAAGGACUUUUAUGACAUUAGUCUCGUAGAUGGUUACAACAUGGCCGUAGCAGUCAAGGCAGUUGGUGGUACAGGGACUUGCCAAUAUGCAGGUUGCGUCAAUGACCUCAACACAAAUUGCCCCGCCGAGUUACAGAUGAUGGACUCAGGUUCUGUCGUCGCUUGUAAAAGCGCCUGUGCCGCCUUCAACUUGCCGGAAUAUUGCUGCACUGGCGCACAUGGUACGCCUCAGACUUGCUCACCUACGAAGUACUCACAAUUGUUCAAAAAUGCAUGCCCUACGGCUUACAGUUAUGCUUACGAUGACGCCACUAGUACCAUGACUUGCACCGGGGCGGAUUAUCUGAUCACAUUUUGUCCAACCAGCUGAUGAACAUGAUCUUGAUUUGAUUGAUAACCCAUGUUUUAUUUGGUACUACUUAUCACUCUAUCGUUUAACCCUGAUUGGAUUGCAAGGUUUUAAAGUUAAAAACACUCCAGCCGAUAGUUUGCUUCAUCUGUCUAGAAUAGAUGCAAAGUUAGGUUUUAAUUAAGGAUUUAUGUUUAGAUAUAAAGAUUGUGGUUUGGUUUGGUUUGUUUGGUGAGAAAAUAAUUAGUGUACGAAUAUGAAAAGCAUUAUUCACCAAUCUAAUGAGAAUAUUCAAGAACCGAGAAAUAAGAAGACAAGUCAUAAGCUUUGCGUGA